UAAUUCAGAGCCGUGUCAACGUCAUUAUGUAGAGCCUGGCGCCACCAGUGUUCCUAUCAUUUACCGCAAGGCUUUGCCCAAAGUCUUGAUUACCUUAUUUAGCCUGAUAUGUAUCUGAUGUUGGGAUUGGAUACACACCACUAAACACUACCCGCAACAAUACAUAUCUCCCAUCUCACUCCACCAUCCAUCAGCAUUGGGUCGCUGAUCGCUACUGCCACCACAACAGUCACAUCUGCGUCGCUCACCAAGCGCGCACUGGCGCACCGCAGGGACCUGUGGUUGCAACAGUUAGGCCCAAGGCCCUAUAACGACCUCAGACCUCAGAAGCUGCAUAACUCAGUAGCAGUCAACUUCAAAUUGACUUGAAUUCCAAGAUUCAACCAGUGAACUGGAUCCUUCCAGUAUGGAUGGCUCACCAAAGUGUGGGAAGGAUGUACACCUGGACAUGAACCACGGGUUUAUUAAGUCCAUCAUCAAAAACCAGCUUGACAGGGACAGUUAUGACAAGGAGCUGAAAGAAAAACAAGCGAAGGCGCGCGCGGCUCCGGCCCCGGCCGACGCAGUGCGACCGGCGCGCGCCGCGCCGCGGCGGCCCGACCGCGCCAUCUACACGCCACCGGCGGGCGGCCCCGCGGCGCGCCGGCCCCUCUUCAUGCUGGAGUACGCCGAUACGAGGACAGGAGCUGUGCGCCGCCAGCCCUUCAUGGACGAUACUGACCUGAGCGAGUUCUGCGCCGACUUCAGCCAGAAGGCUGGCCUGGACGAGCGGCUGCAGCGGGCACUGUACCAUCGGCUGCUGCAGGAGCUGCCCGACGGGAGGCCGCGCGCCGAGCCGGCCGACGAGCGGCGCCCGCCGGCCGAGUGA